GCAAAUUGAAAAAUUGACCCGUUCUUUGAGUUAAAAUUAAAUUUAACUAAAAAUGAAGACUUCACCAAAGAAAUCACAUCGUGGUGGGGUAUCACUUCGCUUACGUGAGGCGCGUAACGUGCAAGCUGCAGCGCCAUCAGUGGAAAGCAACAAUGAUGAAGACGACAUGGAGUCUGAACUUCCGAUCCGAGGACGUCCUUCUAAAAAACUAAUGCUGCAGCAACAACAACAUCGUUUCCAGGUCAAAUUGCAGCCUGAGCUGAAAACCGUUGCCGCCGCAGCAGGAGCAACGUCUAGCGGUUCCAGUUCCGGUCGCUCCGCCACCAAAACCAAGCGCUCAACAUACAAGAAGGGCAGCAGUGGCGGCGCCAACAACUCCUCCCAAAAGGCCAUUAAUGAAUCCUACGUGAUGCGUCUGUUCGAGCGGAGCUUGGAUUUGUCCAAAUACAAAGACAAAACACCUCUGUAUCCCAUCUGUCGUGCGUGGAUGGCCAAUCAGCCGCGAAAUCCGAGCGUGGCGAUGUACAACAAUGAGGAGGCCGGAGAUGCUGUCAAGCGCGAGGACAAUGCGGAGGAGGUGUUGGAGAAGCUCCGUAGUGGUGAGCUAAAAGUCUUGAAGCAAAUGCCACAGGCACGUACUACGGAAUUGUCGCUGAUACCACCGCGUUUGAACUUCACCAAGGCGGAGAAGAAAGAAGAGCAAGCUUUAGAAAACGCAAGCAAGGAGCAACUUUUAGCUGCAAACACAGAGCGUUGGAAACGGGUGCGCGGACAUUGGUUAAAGCAUGCGCAGCAAUACGAGCGUGAACGCUACGAAAUUAUUGACCAGAUAAUGGAUGUUGUGUGCAAGAAUUGAAAUAUGUACAAAUUUAUAAUACAAUAGGUUACUGCAGAAAUUAAAAUAUAAAACAUAAGGCUAA